GACAAUAGAGACGGUGGAUCUUGACUGACCCAGCUUGCUUAAUAUGCAGAGCAUGGUGGAACGGGACUAGGGUGCCGCCACCCCGAGUCUGGGAUUGGGCAUUGAUAGAAGCCUAGUACUUUGUAAAGGAUUUCACUUUACUGCGCCUUAAUUCGUAGCUAUCAUGUCGGAGUCGGCAGCCACGCGAGCGCGGGGGCCAGACGACUAUGGCUCCGGCUGGAACAGUUUGGACCGCGACACAUUGACAGCCAUUACCUGCUGCCUAGAUUGUGCUACAGAUGUGGCUUCCCUUGCUUGCACAUGUCGUGAAGCCCGCCACAUAACACGCACGAAUGCGGUCUGGGGUCCAUUGCUGGCCAGCCAGUUCGGCUUAAACGUAAAGGCCCCGGAGCACGUCGCGCUGGCCUCCCUGUACCGCCAGCUCCACCAAGCCAUGCAAGGCGGCGCAAGCGGCGGAGGCGGGGAAGGAGGCGCAGCAGCAGGGGCGGCUGGUGACGCUGCUGCUGCUGCUGCUGCGGAGGGAGGUGGCAGCAGCAGGGGCCGUGUUGCUGUCAGGGCCGGUGCAGUUACGCAGCGGCGGCAGCAGGGGCAGCGGCAGCUGCUGGUGGCGGGUGGUGGUGGUGCGGUGCAGCUGGAGGGGCUGUUCACGGACGGGGGCAUGGACGAGGACGACCCCGCCUUCUGG